UAAAUGACGUCAUGGCGGCUCCGGUGUCUAAUGGCUGAACAACAACAACUGUCGGCGAGCGACAAACUUUCACAAACUUCUACAGAGACGACAGAAAGUUGAAAAUAGCGCAGUGUUUCGGUUGUGUAACAGUCUAGGCGUGUUUGUCUGUUUCUCUCGUCGUGCCACAAAUGUGGAAUUAAAGUGAUGGAUCCGAGAUAUGACAUACCGCGGAGGGCCGCCGGUGGUGGCGGGGGCUCCGCGAACUCGUCCCCAGCUCUGGGGGCUCAGUCGCGCCGCAGGAAGAUGCCUCCCAGACCCGCUGAUUUCAAACUUCAAAUUAUAAUUAUCGGCUCCCGUGGUGUUGGUAAAACCAGCCUCAUGGAGAGAUACACAGACGACACUUUCUGCGAAGCUUGCAAGUCGACAGUAGGAGUUGACUUCAAAAUCAAGACAGUUGAGCUGAGAGGGAAGAAGAUCAGACUACAGAUAUGGGACACUGCUGGCCAGGAGAGGUUCAACAGCAUCACAUCAGCCUACUACAGAGGUGCUAAGGGAAUAGUGUUAGUGUACGAUAUCACAAAGCAGGAGACUUUUGACGACCUUCCCAAAUGGAUGAAAAUGAUAGAUAAGUACGCCUCAGAGGAAGCAGAGCUUCUCCUGGUCGGGAACAAGCUGGACUGUGAGAGCGAUCGUAUCAUCUCCAGACAGCAGGGAGAGAGGUUUGCCUCUCGAAUAAGUGGAAUGCGCUUCUGCGAAGCUAGUGCCAAGGAUAACUUUAAUGUGGAUGAGAUCUUCCUGAAGCUUGUGGAUGACAUUCUUAGCAAGAUGCCUCUGGAAGUUCCCAACAGGGAGCUUUCCAACAGUGUCCUGUCUCUGCAGCCUGAACCGGAAGUGCCUCCGGAGUUACCCCCACCUCGCAUGCGCUGUUGCUGAGAGUCCAAGUCGUCCCCCAUCCUUCACACACACACACACACACACACACACACACACACACACUCGCAUAAACUCACAUACACAGACAGCACACUCUCAGCUCACUCAUGCAGUACACCAAUCUGGCCACCAGGGGGCAGGACACAGCAGCAUUUGGAAUUCUUAUUGACUGCUGCUGUUAAAAUGCAUGGACUCUCUUUAACAACCAGUAUUAUCCCCCCCCCCAACCCGUUUCUUCUCCUGUUUUUGUAACUGCACACUCUGACAUGUGCCACACUAACACUUAGGCCUGGUGAAUCACCCACUUCCUACCACCUUUCUGUCUACACUCGACCCAGACUACCUCAUUCCUCGGACCGUUAGGCUAGCUGUGCCCCGCAGGUGCCUUCAAGGUAGAGAGCCCUCUGGUAGCAGUUGCACAUUUUCUAUAGGGGGGGGGGGGUUAUCGAGGGCCUUACAGCUUGUUCUCUUCCUGUUUCCUUUUCGUCAUCACACAUACUGUACACUUAAUUUUUAACAUUGUCUGAGUUGCCCUGACGGUCUGUUAUCUCUGCAUUUUUCUAGUUCACAGAAAAGGGAUAACAAUAUAUCACGUCUCUUCAGCUUAGGUUAAAAUCUGGGUCUAGGUACAGUAGUUUGUUAUUCUUAUUAACAGGUAUUAUUGCCAAGUGAUGAGUUGACUUGAGGCAAACAAAAAGCACAUGAUGUAAAUACGGUGUGUUGCUGUAAUGACUGGACAAGGUGCAGAUUUUCGUGGCCAGCAGUAGGUGGUUGUGUGGUGGUGAUUAUAUCAGUUUGUAUUUCUUUGCCUUAAAGUAUUAAAAGUGGCUGGAACGGCUCUUUUCACAUUUGUAUAAAUUGUAAUGUUUUGCACUACAAUCCAUCUUAAUAGUUAAGCUGACAUGCAGAAAAAAGUAAAGUACACAACUUGUAGUUUAGCACUAAUAAAGAUCAAUGUUGCCUCAGUAGUGAGCGCUCAGAACCCUUCCACAUCCUGUUAAAAGUUGGCUGGAGAAGCAAGGAGAGAUGGGUAAUGUAGUCUUUGAGGGAUUGAUGUUUUCACAGGGACAUUCUUUAUGUGUGUUACUGGCUUUUUAGAGGGAAGAGAGACGGGAAGAGGCUGCACAAACACAUGGUUUUAGCUGUUAUUUUGGUUUUGUUACUAAUAUUUCUAAGUGUUUUGUUUUGAUGGUUUUUUUUUCCUUUGAAUUCAUAUACAGCUUAGAGAAGAGUGUGUGUGCCUCCCUUUGUUGAGGGAGGAAAAGUGCAGGAAGGUUUGUGUCGUAUUUGAAUGACUCAGGAAACUUUGAUUGGCUCAUAUCUGCUCAUUUGGCGAGCUUUUUAUCGCAGGCUUGCUUCGAGUUUCGUAUCAAUUUAAUAAAGGAACAUCUUCAUAAAAAUCCUGCUUGAAGGCGACGUUUGUGUUUUAUAGAGGAGGCUAGCAGCUUUGAAUUUAUGAUUUGGCAGUUUGUUAUGGACCAGUAUGGGGAUAUCUCAUUACUUGCACAUUUUUAAGAAAUACUAGGCUAUGCAUGCUCAGCCCUCCUUCGUUCAUAGACAUUAAUAAUCUAAUUCUUCCGUCUUUGUUGUGAAAUUAAUGCAGUAUGAGCAAUGUAGCACUGUGGGUGUUCCUGUCUUGUUGUUACAUGUUGAAGUAAAAAGCCCAAGUCUGAGGGUGAGGAAGGACGAGCCCGUUCAAAGGACCCGCUUUGAAACUUAAUCAGACUUUCUAUUUGUUCAUUUUUUUAUUGAAGUUUUAUGUUAAGGUCAAGCUUUUGUGGACUUUAAAAAUAGCACAUCAUAUAUUCUAACAAAUUAAUAGUUUCAUACCAACAAAAAAGAAAAAAAAAAAGCUGAAAAUUUGAGAUUUUUGCAAACAGUCCGAGCGCAGCUCGCAAUAAGAUUUAUCAGCCAGCAGAUGACCUUUUGCAUACAAAUCAUCUCCAGUUUCGCAGUUUUAUCACUUGUGAACCUUUGAAGCAGUGAGUUGUGAACAUUUCUCCUGACUUUUUUUGCAAUUAAACCUUUCAUCUGUUCCCCCCUGACUUUUAGCAUUCACCCACUAACCCCUGUGGUCUUUGUUUUAGUAGCCAAGCCUUAUACUACUUAGUGUUUUAAAAAUACAUUAAUUUUUUUUUUUUUGCUUUUAUUUGAAAUAUGUAUCCUUUAAGAUGGAAGACUGUACUUUGUAUUAAACCUGUUUUAAGUCUUUGAAAAGUUUUUGGCAUGUUUAAAGCAGAUUUGUGGUAUUUAUAACUUGUGGCAUUCUUGAACUAAUGAAAUGCAAUUAAAGAUAUCUAUAUUUAUUACCAGA